GGGGGCGGCGGCGGCGCGCGAUGGGCUGGGGUCGGGCGCUGCUGUGCGCGGCGGCGGCAGCGGCAGCGCGGGGCCCGGCGCGGAGCAUGUGUGCCCAGGCGGAGGACUGGCGCUCGGCCAAGGCCAUCUAUGACUUUCACGCCCGAGACAUCGACGGCAACGACGUAUCCCUGGAGAAAUACCGAGGCUACGUCUGUAUUAUCACCAACGUGGCUUCCAAGUGAGGAAAAACCCCUGUAAACUACACUCAGCUUGUUGAUAUGUACGCCCGAUACGCUGAGAGGGGUUUACGCAUCUUGGGCUUCCCUUGCAACCAGUUUGGGAAACAGGAACCCGGGGAUGAUGCUCAGAUUAAGGCGUUUGCUGAAGGCUACGGGGUGAAGUUUGACAUGUUCAGUAAGAUCGAUGUCAACGGGGACAAUGCCCACCCGCUGUGGAAGUGGAUGAAGGAUCAGCCCAAAGGGAGAGGCACCCUGGGCAAUGCAAUAAAAUGGAACUUCACUAAGUUCCUCAUUAACCGGGAGGGCCAAGUGGUGAAGAGGUACAGUCCCAUGGAGGAUCCCUAUGUGAUCGAGAAGGACCUGCCUGCCUACCUGUAGAGCUGUUCAGCUUGUCCCUGCAUUGUCCUUUUGCCCCAGUACUGGCUCUCCUGGUGCCUGUAGAGCCUUCUGGUCCAGCCUCAAUGAUGGUCUGUCUCCAAGCCAGCUUGCUGGUGAGGCAAACCUGAAGAUCUGGCGUGCAUCUGCUGGAAGAAGGCUUCACAGGGCUGGUGGCUGCUGCUGGGCAACUCUUCUGUGUGGGCACAGAAGCAGGAACUGGUGUCCCCUUGCAAUAAACACGUUAGGAAUGA